GCAUUUCCAAACUAAGCAGCCGCUCUAGCCACUCACCCUGCUCGCCUGCUCGGCUUCAGAGGUGGUGGAGCGGGGUGGGGGUUGGUUCCCUCCAAGAUGGCGGCGCAGAGGAGGAGCCUGCUACAGAGUGAGCAGCAGCCGAGCUGGACCGAUGACCUGCCUCUCUGCCAGCUCUCUGGAGUUGGCUCUGCUCCAAAUCGUACCCACUCUGCUGAUGGCAAGGGCAUUGAGAACCAUCCCCUGGAGGAUAGCUGGCUCAAGUUUAGGAGUGAGAACAACUGUUUCCUCUAUGGGGUCUUCAACGGCUAUGAUGGCAACCGAGUGGCCAGCUUUGUGGGCCAGAGGCUGUCCGCGGAGCUGCUGCUGGGCCAGCUGAAUGCUGACCACAGCGAGGCUGACGUGAGGCGGGUGCUGCUCCAGGCUUUUGAUGUUGUGGAAAGGAGCUUUCUGGAGUCCAUUGAUGAUGGUUUGGCAGAGAAAGCAAGCCUCCAAUCCCAGCUGCCAGAGGGGGUCCCUCAGCACCAGCUGCCGUCUCAGUACCAGAAGAUCCUAGAGAGGCUGAAGGUGUUGGAGAGAGAGAUUUCUGGCGGCGCGAUGGCCGUGGUGGCGGUCAUUCUCAACAACAAGCUCUAUAUCGCCAAUGUCGGUACAAACCGUGCGCUACUCUGCAAGGCCACCGGAGACGGGCUGCAGGUGACCCAGCUGAAUGCCGACCACACCACUGAGAAUGAGGACGAGCUCUUUCGCCUGUCCCAGCUGGGUUUGGAUGCAGGGAAAAUCAAGCAAGUGGGGACCAUCGGUGGGCAGGAGAGUACCCGCCGUAUCGGGGAUUACAAGGUCAAAUAUGGCUACAGCGACAUUGAAUUGCUCAGCGCUGCCAAGUCGAAGCCGAUCAUUGCGGAGCCAGAAAUCCAUGGAGGGCAGCCCCUGGAGGGUGUGACUGGCUUCCUGGUGCUGAUGUCAGAGGGGCUUUACAAAGCCCUGGAGGCGGCCCACGGGCCAGGGCAGGCCAAUCAGGAGAUUGCUGCAAUGAUUGACACAGAGUUUGCCAAGCAGACCUCCCUGGAUGCGGUGGCUCAGGCCGUGGUGGACCGAGUGAAGCGUAUCCAUGGGGACACCUUUGCCAGCGGUGGGGAACGCUCAACAUUCUGUCCCCGGCACGAGGACAUGACCCUGCUGGUGAGGAACUUUGGGUACUCACUGGGCGAGAUGAGCCAGCCCACCCUGACCCCAGCCCAAGGAGGACGCGUGUAUCCUGUCUCGGUGCCUUACUCCAGUGCCCAGAGCACCAGCAAGACCAGUGUGACGCUGUCCUUAGUUAUGCCCUCCCAGGGACAAAUGGUCAAUGGUGCCCACAGUGCUUCCACCCUGGAUGAGGUGACGCCCACCCUAACCAACCAAAGCCCAACCAUGACCCUCCAGUCCACCAACACGCACACCCAGAGCAGCAGCUCCAGUUCUGACGGGGGUCUCUUCCGCUCCCGUCCCUCCCACUCCCUCCAGCCCGAUGAGGACGGUCGGGUGGAGCCCUAUGUAGACUUUGCGGAGUUUUACCGUCUCUGGAAUAUGGACCAUGGGGAGCAGGGGGCCCUUCCAGUGUCUUAGUGCCGAAGAGGGUGGCUCUGUGAAGGGGAAGGACCCUGGAGGGAUCAUACCCUGCCAGGGUACGUCCGCCUGGGGACCAUCAUCAGGCCCUCCCUCCUCGGGGCUUGGGCUGUGGGGGAUGUGUAAGGGAAAAACUUUUCCCCCAAGUCCCAUGGAUGAGCUCUGCGGGGCUUGGCUGGCACAGAGAACCCGAGUGGAGACUGGACAUUGGGAGCAAAUACCACCCCCCAGAGGCCCAGCAUUUCUGGGGACCACCGCCUGUCUCUCUCCCAAUAAAUGUCGCUUGUAUGUCUCCUGCCUCAA